AUGGCUCAACCAGACCUCGAAUGCCAGAAAGCAGAGCCGCAGCUGGACUCUCCUCACGACUCGGACACAGACUCAAAUUCACCCACAAAGCCGCAGCCGCAGCCGCAGAACGGCUACGCCAUUCCGACAUGGCGCAAGUGGCUCAUCUUGUUCAUCGUCAGCUGGAUGACUCUGGCUGUUACCUUCUCAAGUACUUCACUUCUGCCCGCGACCUCCGAGAUCGCAACGGAGUUCUCGACCUCUAAGGAGAUUCUCAAUGUUAUCAAUGCUGGCGUUUUGAUUGCAAUGGGCUUUUCAUCGUUCAUCUGGGGUCCUGUCACAAAUGUCUUUGGACGCAGAGUUGCGUAUAACGCGGCGAUUGUUGUUCUGUGUGGUUGUUCGGCUGGGACGGCCGCUUCGAUCGAUUUGAAUAUGUUUAUUGCAAUGCGUCUGCUGAGCGGGUUUACGGGGACAUUCUUUAUGGUUGCGGGGCAGACUAUUAUCGCGGAUAUUUAUGAGCCGACUGUGCGGGGUACCGCAGUUGGAUUUAUGAUGGUGGGUUCAGUCAGUGGGCCGGCUAUUGGCCCUUGCAUUGGUGGAAUCAUCGUUACCUUCUCCCAAUGGCGCAUCAUCUACUGGCUGCAGUUUGGCAUGACUGCCCUCGGCCUAGCACUUUCCUUCUUCUUCCUGCCGACAAUCAACAACAAGAGAGAAAUGGAAACAGCAACUAGACCUCGUACGGCACGGUCUGUAUUGAGCAUGUUCAACCCGCUUCGCAUUUUCCGGCCCUUUGUCUAUCCGAAUGUGUUUCUCUGCCACUUGACAUGCGGUCUUCUUGCCACCUUCCAAUACGCUAUCCUCACAUCCGCCAGUUCAAUCUUCAAUCCGCGCUUCAACCUUACCACUCCCCUGGUCAGCGGUCUAUUCUACCUUUCCCCAGGGAUGGGCUUCCUCAUCGGAAGUGUGUUGGGCGGUAAACUUUCCGACCGUGCGGUGAAGAAGUGGAUUGUCAAAAGGAAUGGUGUGCGUCUUCCUCAGGAUCGCUUGAACAGUGGUCUCAUCACUCUGUUUCUUGUACUCCCUGGAGCGACUUUGAUCUAUGCAUGGACUCUUGAGGAAGAAGUGGGUGGCAUGCCUGUUCCGGUUAUAGCUGCUUUCUUCGCUGGUGUAGGGUUGUUGGGCACGUUCAAUGGGUUGAACACAUAUUCAGCUGAGGUGAUGCCGCAUAUCCGUUCCGAGGUGGUCAGUGGCAAAUAUGUCGUGCAGUAUAUCUUUGCUGCUGCGGCGACUGCUGCCGUUGAGCCUUUAAUCAACUCUAUUGGUGUUGGCUGGACGUUUACGAUUUGGCUGAAACGUGAUUCCAUUUUCUCCGAUGACGAAGGCGAUCGCCAGCAAAGGAGGAAGUUCGUCGCCUGCCAACGCUGCCAUGCGCAUAAAAUCAAAUGCUCCGGCGAUCUGCCAUGUAGCAAGUGUCGCUCUGUAGGAUGCGCUGAUGAGUGCGCGUAUGCUUCAAGGGACCGCCAGGUCAAGGUUAGCGAAAAGUAUCUCGAUCAGCUACUUGCAGAGAAUCGGCGCUUGAAGGAGCAGUCGGUCACCUCGGCUGACGCGGCCGAAGCCAAUGAUCCCCCAAAUACAGGACGAGGUCCUUCUCGAGUAGAUGCAGCAGAUGCAACAAGCAUCCAAAAUCCGAUCAUCGGUGACCGAGCCUGGUUUCACCGCUACGAUCCAUCUUCGCCGCCAAUCUACAUUGGCGAAGCAGCUUGCUCGGCCUUUGCAACGCGAUUCCGUCGCUUUCUCACAGGGAACAAUUCCACUGCUCACAUCUCUCGAACGCAAUGGGAGCGCGAAGAAACUAUAGCUGCGGCAGCUAACGAAGCCGACGCUCAGUGGCCUAGCCUGCACCAUGCACGCCUACUGGUGCGCAUUGCCAUCCACCAAAUCGGAUACUUGUACCAUCUGAUGAUGCGAAAAUCUACACUCGACAAACUCGAAGAAAUCUACCAAGAUGGAUCCUUCGACUGCAAAGCCAACAAGUGCAAAUUCUUCGCCCUCUUCGCCUUCGGACAAGCAUACUCUAUCCGCUCUGAACCAACUUCCGGAUCUCGCGUGCCAGGAACCGCAUACUUCGCUCGAGCAAUGAGCCUAGUCCAAGUCCUACCCGAGCGAACAAGCAUAACACACCUCGAAACCCUCCUUCUCUUAUCCCUCUUCUCUUACUACCUCAACCGCCGCCACUCGGCCUACGUCCUAAUCAGCAACGCAAUGCGCAUGGGCCUAACAAUAGGUCUGAACCACAAUAUCCCAGAAAGCCAACUAAUUGACCCCAUCGAACGCCAACACCGCAUAGAAAUCUGGUGGACAAUCUACAUCUUCGACCGAAUGUGGGGCUCAAAAAUGGGCCUACCCAUGCAAAUCCUAGACGAAGACAUCCACGUCGACAUGCCAAAAACCAUAUCUCCAACCUGGCGCCAUGAAGAAGAACUCUCCGACACAGCCUACAUGACCGCCAACAUCAAACUAGCCCGCAUAGUCGGCGAAACAAUCACAAAACUAUACAGCCGGCGCAAAUAUCAAGAAACAUUCCUCCAGCGCGUGCAGAAGCUUCUCAAAUCAUUAAAAAACUGGGUCGAAACAUUACCUGAAAGUUUACGUCUGAACAUGGAAGAUCUGGAAUCUUCCAAAAAACCAGUCGUCUCUCUACACAUGGCGUUUAAUCAAUGCGUUAUCCUAACAACAAGACCAACACUCCUCCACCUCCUCAUAACACUCCGCAGAGAUCCGAAGAAGAUCAACAUAUCAAUCGACUCCGUUUCAAAACCAGUCCUCACCCUAAGCGAAGCUUGUAUCCACGCAGCGAGACAUUCGCACAGUAUGAUUCUAACACGCUGGAUAAACGGUACAAUGCCUACAUUCGGCUACUUCCACGCACACUACCUCUUUUCGUCGGCGCUCAUCCUCGCAAUGUCUUCAUUUGUGCCGGUUGGCAAUGCAUCCGAUAUGUCUGGCUUCGAUUCUGCUUUAGAUCUCCUGCGCUCGAUGACGGAGAAUGGGAACCUCGCUGCAGCGGAGUUCUAUCAUAACCUUGAGCAGGUGAAGGUUUGUUUGAAUGGGUAUCGGGGUGGGAGGAGCGGGGAGUCUGAGGUUUCUGUUCAGCCUGUGGCUUCAGUGCCGGCGCCGGUGUCUGGGUCUGGAUUGGGGUCGACGUUGCCGGUAAUGCCGGAGAGUCAUGAGUUGAUGGGUGGGGGUGGACAGGGGAUGGAAUAUGCGGUGCAGAGGGAGACAAUGGUUGGGUAUACGACUGAGAUGGCCUUUUUGGAACCUACGAUGCAGGAUUUCCUGGCGCAGUCGGAUAUUGAUCUUGGGUUAUUGCAUCCUGUUGAUACAUUUUUGAACGAGGCCGAGAACCUUUAUACGAGUCAUGAGUUGUAG